AUGCCAACUUCUAUCCCAGGACUGAUGAUGCUGGUGGCAGUGGCCGAAUCUCUCAUUGGCCUCACUGGAAAUGGAGUUCUUGUGGUCCGGAGUUUUGGAGAAUGUCUUCGAACGUCCAGGGAGUCCUCGUAUAACCUCAUUGUCCUGGGCCUGGCGGUCUGUCGGUUGCUUCUACAAUGGUUGAUUAUGGUGGACUCAAGUCUGUUCCUGCUUUUCCAGAGCAGCCAUUGGCUUCGCUGUCUCAGUGUCUUCAGGGUUCUGGUAAGCCAGGCCAGCCUGUGGUUUGUGAGUUUUCUCAGUGUCUUCUAUUGUAGGAAGAUCAUGACCGUUGAACACCCUGUCUCCUUGUGGCUGAAGCAGAGGGCCUGUUACCUGAGUUGCUGGUGCUUUCUGGUGUACUUCAUGAUCCAUUUGUUACUUAUAGUCAGGGGUAGCUUAGACUUCUCCAGUCCUUCCCAAGGAAACAGCAACAUCUUAUUCCCCAUUUCAAACUGGCACUAUGUAUGUAUAUUACAGCUCAAUACAGGAAGUAUGAUGCCUUUCAUGACGUUGCUUUCCUCUGGGCUGCUGAUUGUCUCUUUGUAUAGACACCACAGGAAGAUGAAGGUCCAUAUAGCUGGCAGAAGAGAUGCUCAGGCCAAGGCUCUCAUCACUGUCCUCAAGUCCUUGGGCUGUUUCCUUGUACUUUACAUGGUCUACACCCUGGCCAGCCCCUUCUCCAUCAGCUCCAAGACUUUUCCUGCGGAUCUCAUCACUCUCUUCAUCUCUGAGACACUCAUGGCUGCCUGCCCUUCUCUUCGUUCUGUCAUUCUGAUCAUGGGGAACCCGAGGAUGAAGCAGACAUGUCAGAGAAUCUUGUGGAAGACUGUAUGUGCUUGA